GUAGGUUAGCUCACAAUAAGAGCUGCUGUCAGUAAAGGAGUGCACACGGUGUGAGAGUGCAGUCAGUCUGUGUGUGUGAGUUCAGUGAGAGUGUGUGAGUCCUGACCAGAACUUCAGUCGUGAUAUGGUGGAUACAGUAAAGUUUCCAGCCUCGCUGUUUAGCCUCCUGCUGCUUUUUCUCUCUGGAGUUUCGUCUUACACGGAGUUUGAAAUCACUGUGCCCAGUGCUGGUCAGGUUGGUGUGUACGGGCAGGCUGUUGUUCUGUCCUGUAGCUUUCCUGUGGGCAGCUCCUGGGAUGAGGGCAGCACUGUGAUUACCUGGCAGCGCAACUUAGAGGUGGUCCACAGCUUUUACCACAACUUAGAUCAGCUGGACCGCCAGAGCCCUCACUAUGCCGAUCGAACAAGCCUGUAUCAUGAAGAGAUGUCGAAGGGAAAUGCUUCGCUCAGGCUGGAGCGGGUCACCCUGAAGGAUGAGGGGGUGUACACCUGCUCGGUCAGCACACAGAUUGGAAGCCAGAAGAAGAGCUUCAGGCUGAAAGUGGCAGCCUUCUUUCCAGAGCCCCAUCUGCACAUCAGCUUACUGCAUAACGGACAGGUGGACCUGCUGCUGACCUCACAGGGAGGUUACCCCUCUCCCUCACUGCAAUGGCUGAUAGGAAACACAGAGGACGUCACUGAGGUAACGCAAACGCAGCUUGAACAGGACGAAAACACAAAGCUGUACAGCGUGAACAGCAAGCUGAACCUGACCCGUGGCACCAACUCAUCCAUCACUUUCAUCCUGAAGAACGAGGAUCUGGGGCAGGAGAUCCGGAGGAACAUCGAUCUUUUUUCAGAAAAUGAAGAAACCGGUGGUCUACAAGCAAGACAUCAGCUGGUUAUUUUUGUAGUGCUGCUUGUUGUGGUCACCUCAGCAGCAGUCGUUACCUUUCUCUUCAGACGACGGAAACAGAAAAAUUUAAAUAAGGAUUCAACAAGGACUCCAGAAGUCUCAGAAGCCUUGAAUCCCUCCAAGACUGCUAAUGGUAGCAUGAUUGACAAAUCUCCCUGCUGACAGGAAAUGGAGUAUGUUGGAACUAUGAUAAUGUAAAAAACAGUCAAGGCAGAAAAGGCAUACUAAUCACUGUAGCAUUUCAGUGGCUAUGCAUGACAUACUGUUCCCAUUCCGUUUACAUUCUGGACGUGUCCUCCAGUGUCAGACACAUGUACAUGUGUAGAUGUUUCCCUACGGGUACCUUCUUGGAGCUAUAUUUAAUGUAAUAUAGUUGGGUGGUGUUUUGCAUCAGUGUUAAAGACUGUAGGAGAAAACAUACUCUUUCUCUGCCACUGAUAACGGCUUUCUGUUGGCUAAAAGGCACAGUUGUGGUUCAUGCAUGACUAGAGGAUUGUGCUAUUGAGCAAACUUAAAACGUUGUUAAUUUUUCAGUUAACAAACGUAAAACGUUGACUGGUUUUACCUCAGUAUUAAGUAAAGCAAUUAGUCUUAAUUGUGAUUAAUUUUAAUUUGGACCAUUUUUAUUAACAUUGUACGAGGUUCAUUAAUUUUAGUUAUUAGGUAACUAUACUAAAAUGUAUUGGUUAAUAAAACAUAUAACAUACCUAUUCAUUUCUUAAAGGCACACACUUUUAAAGGAAGAUCAACUUAUUUGUUUAAACUGUCAGUGCUUAUUUACGGUCUAAACUCCUGAAUGGUUUCAACCAUUUCAAAUUAUUAUUGCUAUGUGAAUU